AUGAGUUUGAGGGCUCUAAGAGGGUUUUUAAUAGGUACUCGUAACCUUCCACUUAGAGGAAUUCGGUACCAAAGUACCAGUACAGGUACGUCGAAUAAUGUUGAUGUCAAUGAGAACACUGAUGACCUGUAUUUGAUGAAACAACAGGAACUCAAUAAUGUUGUGGUGCAGCAGUUGAAGGAAUUCUCUAAGAUGUCUCAAGCUGAGAUUGACAAUUACUUGAACAACUCAAAAGGAGCCGAACCAACCGAGAAGGAACAACUUCUAGAGCAAGAACUAAGGAACUUGUUCCAAAAGUAUUCUCAGGAUAAUCAACUGUUGGGAGGGCUUGAUACAGCCGAGGAAGGGCAUUCGCGUGCUGUCGAGGAAAUCCUACAAACAAAGAGGUUUCCAUUUUUAGUUCCAUCAGCAAGCGAUAAACCUUACAGUCCACAAGAGUUAUACCUACGUCAAGCCCACCACGGUAGCCAUGUGGCUAAACUCGGAGCUCGGGUAGAACAAGUUUUCUCACCAAACAGAGAUAUCUAUACACCACCAACCCCAGAAAAAAUGUCAAUAGAAAAACUAAUGGCUGCGGGUGUCCAUUUAGGUCAGUCGACCUCACUUUGGAGAUCAUCCACCCAGCCUUUUAUCUAUGGUGAAUACAAUGGGAUUCAUAUUAUUGAUUUGAAUCAAACAUUAGCAUAUUUAAAAAGAGCUGCACAAGUUGUCGAAGGUGUUGCGGAGAGGGGUGGUGUUAUCUUGUUUCUAGGAACUCGAAAGGGUCAAAAAGUUGCGCUAGAAGAGGCCGCUAAGAGAACGCAUGGGUAUUUUGUUUCUACGAGAUGGAUUCCAGGUACGCUUACAAAUUCAACAGAAAUUUCAGGUGGUUGGGAGAAGCACGAAGUUGAUCUUCAGGACAAGCCCACUGGCAGACCAUUACAAACAGAUGAAAAGUCAAGGAUUGUUAAGCCAGAUCUAUUGGUUGUGUUAAAUCCAACAGAAAAUAGGAAUGCACUUAAUGAAGCCAUGAAGUCGAGAGUUCCAACCAUUGGUAUUGUAGAUACUGACUCUGAGCCAUCUUUCUUGACUUAUCCUAUUCCAGGUAAUGAUGAUUCCUUAAGAUCUGUAAACCUAUUACUGGGCGUUCUAGCCAAAGCUGGUGAAAGAGGAGUAAAGAAUCGGAUCAGAAAGGCGAGUGAGAUGAAGCAAUAA